GAAACACCCGCAGUUUCUCAGGGCAUUACUUGUUAUCUGACAUCGUUUACUUUUUAUCAUUAUCUUUUUCGUCUAUUUCCUUGGAAUUUAUUAAGGCAUCUCCCGAUACCAGAGUCAAUUCCAGAGCUAUCUAUUAUUGUUCUUCAUACAAUAUCGACCUUGCCAAUAUUAUAGAAGCCAUGGAGUCUGCUCGGCUUCGAUCUCUGGUCGAUACUAUAGCUUCCGAUCUCCAGAACACCCCAGAUCAGAUCCAUCUACCAGAUAUUACUCUAGAAGCUAACUCAACAUCAAGUUCACACCCUGCUACCCCUCUCAGUGGCACCUCUACUGUACCAACAGAUAUAUCUCAGGGAGCAAAUACUAGUUCGGAAGUCAACGGUAGUAAAACUAUAUCUCUACCUUUACCACCUAUUUUCAGCCCCUCUGAUCCUCAGGAGAUGCAUAACUUAAUGCUUCCGCUUGUCUUUUCGGAGUCGUUCCAAACCCUGAAGGAACGUCAGGACAGACUAUCACAGGGUAACGAUAGAUCGUCCUGCCCCAAUUCACCAACUCCCCAGUCUUCGUCUGGCAACCUAUCCUCGUCCCAGUCGUGCCCAAGUUCCCCCCGUCCAGGCCCAGAGAAUCCUGACACCACCACCGGCCGGCCUACAUAUAAGCCCCCUCCUGACGAGAGACCUUUCAACUUCGUGCCGUCUGCUGCGAGCCAAGAGUGGACUCGUAGGAAGGUGUUAGAUGGCGAGACCAACGAUGUCCUUGACGAACUGAUGCGAUAUGAAGGAUUGGAAGAGGUCAAGCAACAGUUUCUGGACAUCAAAUCCAAGGUCGAUGUCUGCAAAGAGCAAGGCCGAGAUCUGAAGUCGGAACGUUUCAAUAUUGUUUUCCAGGGGAACCCCGGAACGGGUAAAACAACAUUUGCCCGCUUAUACGCUAAGUUUCUGCGUAGCUUGAACAUUCUCGAGUCCGACUGCGUGAAGGAAACUACCGGCAUCAAAAUAGCUACCAAAGGCACUGCAGCAAUUAAGAGGAAGAUCAAAGGGAUGCUUCACCCCUAUCGCAACGAUCGCAUCGGCGGGGUUUUAUUUGUCGACGAAGCUUACCAGCUGACUGCUCCAUAUGCUGAUAGCGUUGGACGGGCAGCUUUGGACAUAAUACUCACGAUGAUGGAGAACAACGUCGGCAAACUUGUCGUUAUAUUUGUCGGCUACAAGGACGAGAUGGAAUCAUUCUUCGAGCACAAUCCCGGCUUGAGUAGCCGGAUCCCCUAUACAAUGAACUUCGCAGACUUCACCGACGGCGAACUCUGGAAGAUAUUAAGUGACAAUAUUACGAGCGAAUACGGCGGAAAGAUGAAGGUCGAGGGUGGUAUGAAUGGGCUUUACAUGCGCAUCGCCAUUCGUCGGCUUGCCCAAAACCGCGGUAGCAGGAGCUUCGGUAACGCGCGCGCUGUACAGAACCUCUUAUCUAGGAUCGCGCAUCGACAGGCACAGCGUAUAGCGAGAGAGAGGAAAUACGGCGGGAGGCCAGACAUCUUCCUUUUUACGAAAGAAGAUCUGAUCGGCCCAGAUCCGGCCACUGCCAGCACAAGCAGCGAGGCAUGGAUUGAACUGCAAAGGCUCAUCGGACUCAACCAGGUUAAGGAGUGUGUGCGAAGCAUGAUCAAGACGAUUCAACACAACUACCUUCGCGAGUUAGCCGAGCGUCCUCCUCUCAAGUUCUCACUAAACCAACUAUUCGUGGGAAAUCCUGGUACGGGAAAAACAACGGUAGCCAAGUUGUACGGCCGAAUCCUAGCUGACUUGGGCUACCUCAGCAAUGGCGAUGUGGUUUUGAAGAACCCGGCUGACUUCAUCGGCGACUGUCUUGGAAAAUCCGAAGCGAAGACAAGGAAGAUUUUGGACGCCACCGUUGGUAAGAUACUGGUGAUUGACGAGGCGUACAUGCUUGACGCCGGCGAUCCCGGCAGAGAGCAGGAUAAAUUCAAGACAGGAGUGAUUGAUACAUUGGUCUCGAUGGUCCAGGGAGUACCUGGAGAAGACCGAUGUAUCAUCCUCAUUGGAUAUGAAGAUAAGAUCAAGGACAUGUUCCAGAACGUUAACCCAGGUCUCUCACGACGUUUCCCCAUCGAGCGACCCUUCCGCUUUGAGAACUUUGAUAUCUCGCAGCUAGAACAGAUUCUAGGGCUUAAAAUGGCCCAGCAAGGGCUUACUGCUACUGAUCAUGCUAUCAAGGUAGCUCUCGAGGUCCUCGAAAGGUCAUUGAUGCGUCCUAAUUUCACAAACGCCGGCGAGAUCGACAGCCUUCUUUCUAUGGCCAAGACGAAUUAUGAAAUGAGAUUAUCUGCAAUGCCCAUAAUCAGUUUAGACACUGACAUAGAGAUGGAGGCAGCAGACUUCGAUCCUGGCCAUGAUAGAGGAUCUCUAGUCGACUGCCGUAAGCUGAUGGAUGGCCUAGUACACAGCACCAUCACCGACAAAUUCGUUGGGUACCAAAAGCGAUGCUUUGGGGCAAGGAAGCAUGGAUUAAACCCGAGGGAGCAGGUCCCGACGAGCUUCAUAUUCAAAGGACCAUCAGGCACUGGGAAAACUGUCACCGCACAGAAGAUGGGAGAACUUUUCUACAAUAUGGGACUUUUAGCGACAUCCCAAGUAGUCGAAUGCACCGUGGCCGAUCUCCUAGGUCAGUACGUUGGCCAGACGGUCCCUAAGACACGAAAGAAGCUCCAGGAAGGUGUCGGGCGGGUUCUUUUCAUCGACGAGGCCCAUAGACUUGUUCAAGGACAAUAUGCGACUGAGGCAGUCGACGAGCUAAUCCAGUUCCUUACCCGACCGUCGCAUAAGGGCAAGAUGAUCGUGAUCCUAGCUGGCUAUACGGCAGAAAUGCAUAACCUCAUAUCGACUCGGCCGGCCCUUGCGAGUCUCUUCCCAGAGGAGAUUACCUUUGAUAACAUCCCUCUCGAUGAUUGCGUUGCGUUGCUUGCCAAGGAGCUUGAAUUCAGCAAGUUUACAAGUGAAGCAGGGUUCCUCACGAACCCAAGCUCGCCGGACUAUGGAAAAGUCAAGAGGCUCUUCCGCGCUAUGCAAUCGAUCCCCAGCUGGAGCAAUGCCCGUGACGUGAGAAACUUAUCGAGGAGAAUCCUUGGGGGAUUCCUUGAGUCCGUCGACUAUGAUUGCGCCCACCAGGCCCGGGUCAUCUCCGCAGAACAUAUCACAAGCUGUAUGUCGCAGAUGAUCACGCAGCAGAGAGACCGCUGUACUACCACGGCAUCAAAUGGCAAGACGGCCUCGCCACAGCAGCCGUCCACCAGGGGACUGGACUCCCACCCAAUGAUGUUUAACCCGCAGCCAGAAACACCACCUCCGGUUGCCUCUACCUCCUAUGCACCUAGAGCAGAAAGCAGCUUUUCUACCGCGAACAAUAGCGCCUCGGUUAGAAGCCAAGGCCAAGGCCUCAACAACUUUUUAGCGUCUCAAGCCGCUGCCGUCCACACAGGAACGAAUGGACCGCAAACCAACCGUAAUACGCAAGGGCAGAACGCGCCAAGCGCAGACAUACGUGAAGAGGGCGUGUCCGACGCCGUCUGGCAGGAACUUGCCAAGGCGAAGAAGAUCGAAAGCGCACGACGCGUCCUGCGCAAUACGGAAAUCAAACGACUAGAGCGCAGCUUGCGAGACGCCGAAAAGAGCGGCGAUGGCUCGGCGUGCGAUGCGCUGCGGAGCCAACUCUCGGCGACUCAGCAGCGCAUACGGGACGAAGAAAGGGUACAGCAGGCCAUACGGCAAAUGAACGUCUGCGUUAAUGGAUUUGCUUGGAAUAAGGUUGCCGGUGGUUAUCGAUGCGAAGGCGGAAUGCAUUUUGUGACUGAUGAGGAUGUUCAGUCGAGAUUGAUAUAGUAGCUGAAGCGUUCGCUCUGUGAACAACUACAUACCUACCUAUACUAAUGAUCAGAAGUAACAAUGUAAUACUACCUAGCUGCCACUAUUAGAAUGCGAAACUAUCAAGAUGGCAUUAUCAGAAUAGAGAGGGAUAUAGAAUACAUCUUAUAUAUAAUAUUGAAGAAAAA